GUAUGACAGAUUUUGCAUUAACUACAUUUAGUAGUAAAGGAAAAUUAUUAUAAAUUGAAUAUGCACUCAAUGCUGUUGCAAAAGGUGAUACAGCAAUUGGAAUUAAAGCUAAAAAUGGUGUUGUUUUGGUAGUCGAAAAGAAGCAAUCGUCAAUUUUAGUUGAAGAAUCUAGUGUUCAAAAAGUUGCAUUAUUGACAGAUAAUAUAGCAGCUACAUAUGCAGGAUUAGGUCCAGAUUUUAGGGUUUUAGCAUAACAAGCAAGAAAAUUAGUCAAAAAGUAUGAUCUCAAAUACUAAGAGGAAAUAUUUGUAUAAACAUUAAGUAGAGAAUUGGCAGAAGUACAUUAGACAUUCUAAAUUAGGAUGUAUAAGUAGCAACUCAAAGAGGAGGUAUUAGACCAUUUGGAGUUUCAAUACUGAUUGCAGGAUAUGAUGAAGAAGGACCUCAUUUAGUAUAACUUGAUCCAAGUGGAGCCUAUUAUAGUUGGAAAGCCACUGCAAUAGGUAAGCAGGCUAAGAAUGCAAAGGCAUUUUUGGAAAAGAGAUAUAAUGCUGAUAUGGAGAUUGAAGAUGCCAUUAAUACAGCAUUAUUGACUUUAAAAGAAGGUUUUGAAGGUAUUAAUCUAAUUUUAAGUUUAGGGUAGAUAACUCCUACAAAUAUAGAAGUUGGAGUGAUAAGAGAUGAUCAUGUGUUUAGAAUAUUGCCUCCAUCAUAAGUAAAGGAUUAUUUGGAAGAGUUAGAAUGAA